AACUUUUCCAGAUCGAACUGCUUCCCUUCUCGUUUUUACUAGGUGAUUCAUGGCUGCCUAGCCAAAUUACCAGAAUAUCCCCUCACACUGAUUUCGUCAUAAUCGGCGGCUCAGAUCUUGGUUAUGAACGUGCUUUACCAUUCUGGAAAGUAGAGAUUAAGACCUUUCCAACGCGUAUAAGCUCAUUUCUAGAAGUUACUUGAGCUGCACGCAAUGUUCUGUUGAGAUCGUCAAACUUAAUCUCUAAUUAUUUCUCUCCAGAUUUGCACGAUUUCCAUCAGUGGUAUCAGAGCCACGGUUAGAGGACGUUCUUUCCUUCAUUGGAAGAGAUCUAGAGAGGCUUGAAGUGCUCCAGAUCUAGGGUUUGACAUGGCCCAAAAGUUGGAUGGCCCUCCUAGGUUUACCGGCUCGGACUUUUCGCUAUGGAGGUUCCAGUUCACACUAUGGCUAGGUAUUAAGGACCUAGAAAGCGUGUUGGAUGGAUCGGAGAAGCGACCACGAGCUGACUCUGGGGAGGCGUCUACUGGAGCAACCAGCCAAGUGGGAUCCGGGGCUGGGGGAGCGUCGUUGAGUGGGGUGAAGGAAGGAGGAACUGCUGCAACUCGAACCGGAAGGUCGCAACCAAGUAGCGAGGAGUUGCUCAAAGCUCAAGAAGCAUGGGAUCGGAAGGAUCGCCAGGCUUUUCAGUACCUGUGUUGGGCUUUGGAGGGGCAACUUGAGCUUCUUAAGAUGCUGAUUGACCUGAAGGGGAAGGAAGGUGCAGCGGCUGCAGCUUGGAAAAGAGUACAAGAUAGGCACUUGCAGAAAGGGCUUCUAAGCGUGCUUACUUGGCGGAAGCGGUUUUACACCAUGGAGCGGAACUAUGGGGAGGGGGAGACCAUGGUUCAGUAUCUCCAGAGGGUGGAUGAGAAUGUGCGGGCUUUGGAGGAGCUGGAUUACACGGUAGAUGAGAAGGAGAUCAUCUAUACUGCGCUCCAAGGGUUGGAUCAAGCGGCUAAUGAGGCAUUACUACAGUACCUUCACCUCGAGCAACAGAAAUGGACCAAGGUGUGGAUUUGGGAGGUUCUAAUUUCUGAUGAGGCUCGCAAGGUUGAUGCUGGAAGAGGUCUAGAAGGAGGCAUGGGUGCAGCAGAUAAAGCUUCCUUCAGGAAAGGCUAUCAACAGCAAGGAGGUGGGGGGAAGAAGAAAGAGUUGGACAAAUGCCUUGUGCCCGGAUGCAACAAAAAACACUCUUGGAAGAGUUGUUGGAGUAGGCCUGAGGGAUGGAAGCCUUACGGCUACUCUGGAGAGGCCCCACCAGUGACCAAACCUGAUUGGGUGGAGAAAAGGAUGAAGAAGGGGCUCUGGAAUAAGAAGGGCAGCAAGGGAGCAACGGCCGCAGCUGCUAAGGAUGAGAAGGGGAAGGGCCAAGACGACUCCUCCGAUGAUGGUUUCUCGUUUCUCAUGCUAGGGCAGGAUGCAGCUCUCGCUGGUCGUGCAUUGGCUGAUCCCAACUUCCUGGUUCUAGACUCUGGAGCAACAUCUGGGAUGCUUCCUCGCCGUGAUCUCUUCACCUCCUACCAUCCUCUCCCACCAAAUUUGAGGAACGUGAUUGUUGGGAGCGGAGAUUUGCUGCAAGCAAUUGGCAUCGGCACGAUCACCAUUAAGGGGAAGGAGGGGGAGCUAGUGGGUGUGAAGGGGGUCCUUCACGUCCCUGGUUUGGCUGCAAACCUCCUUUCAUGCUCGCAG